AUGGGGAGAGCUCCAUGUUGUGAGAAGAUGGGGUUGAAGAAAGGUCCAUGGACUCCCGAAGAAGAUCAGAUUUUGGUCAAUUACAUCCACCUUUAUGGCCAUGGAAACUGGAGGGCACUUCCCAAACAAGCUGGCUUAUUGAGGUGUGGAAAGAGUUGCAGACUUCGAUGGACGAAUUAUCUGAGGCCGGAUAUCAAACGGGGAAACUUCACCAGUGAAGAAGAAGAAACCAUCAUCGAGUUACAUGAAAGGCUGGGCAAUAGAUGGUCAGCGAUAGCAGCGAAACUACCGGGGAGGACAGACAAUGAGAUAAAAAAUGUGUGGCACACCCACUUGAAGAAGAGGCUCAAGCACAACCACGCCACGCCACCCCCUAAAAGACACUCUCUUGAUGCGUCCCACGUCGAAAAACAACAAAACCCCAUUAGUUCUGCAACCAAUUCGAGAUCGGAGAGCCUUGGGUAUGGACCAGUACUGUCCCCACAGCAGUCCUUUAGCGAUAUCUCCUCAGCCGCCACCACCACGACCACCGCCACCAUGUCCGACAUUACUACACCCUGCAUUAAGGUCGAUUCACUGGAGGAGUUCCCAGAAAUGGACGAGAAUUUCUGGUCGGAAGUACUGUCAUCCAACAAAUCCGGCGCGGCGGGUGAUUUGCCAGGGGCGGCCAGUGGUCCACAGCUUCAGUUUCCAUUCUCUCCGCGUGCUGUCAUUGGCAGUAGUCCAUAUAGCACGUAUGACAUGGACAUGGAAUUUUGGUACAAUAUUUUCACAAGGUCCGGGGAGUUGCAUGAAUUAUCAGAAAUAUGA